CCAAGUCAAUCACACCAUUAUAAGUCGUUGAAGCUCUCUUACCUUCAAUUUUCCAUGGAAAUCGCUUCUUCUUUCACCAGUUUCUCUCAUACUCGUUAAACUUUCUCUUCAACAGCUUUUGCGCCAGUUUCCUCUUCAAGGAGAUCGUCGAUCCCCCAACUGUUCGGUUCUUGAGAAGCGAGGUUUUCUUGGCUAUUACCAAGGAUCGUCACGGAAACAGUCGUUCUACUCUGAGGCAGAGGUCAAGUCUGCGGUACAUCGUUACCUCCCAAACUCGUCUCUGAGUGGGAUAUGCUGGGCUUGUUUGGCUAUACUUGAUUCAUCUAGCUUCUUGUUCAAUGGCACCAAGUAACAAAGCUAUAAUCGUUACUUGCAUCUGGAUGCUUAUAUGUAUCGCUAUUAGUAAUGCUGUCGAAAGUGACAUCAAUUGCCUUAGAUCAUUUAUACAUUCAGUUCAAGAUCCAGAAAACGUCUUAUCUACAUGGGAUUUCACUAACCGCACCGAAGGAUUCAUCUGUAGGUUUACUGGCGUUGACUGUUGGCAUCCCGAUGAGAGUAAGGUUUUAAAUAUCCGCCUUCCGGAUAUGGGACUCAAGGGUACGUUUCCUCUCGGACUUCAAAAUUGUACCUCGAUGACAGGAUUAGAUCUUUCUAGCAACCACUUAUCUGGAACACUCCCAGCCAACAUAUCCCGGAUUAUACCGUUAGUGACAACUCUUGAUCUAUCGUCAAACAAUUUCUCCGGACCGAUUCCUAUGAUGCUUUCUAAUUGUACUUACCUUAAUUCCCUAAUUCUAGAUAACAACCACUUUUCGGGCCAGAUUCCUCUAGAAUUAGGUCAGCUCACCCGUCUUAAGGAGUUUCGUGUUGCUAACAAUCUCUUAUCUGGGCCGGUUCCCACUUUUAGAAAUGGUACUAUCCAACAGAGCUAUGGAGGUAAUACGGGGUUAUGUGGCGGUCCUUUGCGGGAUUGUUCAGGAAGCAAGAAAAACCGUAUGGGUGUCAUUGUUGGGGCGGCUAUUGGUGGUGCGACUCUAGCUGCAUUACUUGUAGGUCUGGGAAUGACGAUCUUUAUGCGGAAAGUUGUCCGAAAGCGGAAAGUUGAUGAUCCUGAUGGAAAUAAAUGGGCCAAGAGUAUUAAAGGAGCUAAAACCAUCAAGCUUUCCAUGUUCGAAAAUCCUGUUUCUAAGAUGCGAUUGAGCGAUCUGAUGAAGGCGACCAACAGCUUUAGCAAAGAGAACAUCAUUGGAUCGGGAAGAACCGGGUGUUUAUACAAAGCGGUUCUCGAAGAUGGCAGUUCGCUUAUGAUCAAACGAUUGCAAGACUCUAAGCAUUCCGAGAAAGAGUUCCAAUCGGAAAUGGCGACGCUCGGGAAAGUGAAGCACCGGAAUUUGGUUCCGCUUUUAGGGUUUUGUGUGGCGAAAAGGGAACGACUUUUAGUUUACAAGUACAUGGCAAAUGGUAAUCUCCACGACAAACUUCAUCCCGUUGGCGAUGAUGAGAAACGCCUGGAUUGGCCUUCGCGGCUAAAAAUCGGAAUCGGUGCAGCCAAAGGAUUCGCGUGGCUCCAUCAUAACUGCAACCCUCGGAUCCUUCAUCGAAACAUUAGUUCAAAAUGCAUCUUACUUGAUGCUGACUUCGAGCCAAGGAUAUCGGACUUCGGGCUCGCUCGGCUCAUGAAUCCGGUUGAUACCCAUUUGAGCACUUUUGUUAAUGGCGAGUUUGGUGAUUUGGGAUACGUGGCCCCUGAAUACGCGAGCACGCUCGUGGCAACACCAAAAGGCGACGUUUAUAGCUUUGGGGUGGUGCUUCUGGAGUUGGUAACGGGCGAAAGGCCGACCCAUGUGGCUAAAGCUCCGGAAACAUUCAAGGGGAGUUUAGCCGAGUGGGUGACUGAACUAGCAGCGGAAUCGAGACUUCGAGAUUCGAUCGACGAGUCGCUGGCAGUCGAGAAGGAUUACGAGAACGAGGUGUUCCAGUUUCUUAAAGUGGCGAGUCGGUGUGUGGUGCCUGCUCAUAAGGAGCGGCCGUCGAUGUUUGAAGUGUACCAGCUGCUACGAGCCAUCGGUGAGCAUUACCAUUUCACGACGGAUGAUGAGGUGUUGAUGAUGCCGUCGGACAAUGGUGGUGAUGCCGGUCAAAUAGAACUCAUCGUUGCUCGUGAUGUAAAGAAGUAACCUUGAGAACCAACUCGAAACCUAUAGGUUGUCAGUUCAAGUCUAGGGAUCAUCGGAGAUUUUUUCUGUAUGUUAUCUUCAGCCUCCCAUAAAAUUAGUUGAAGUGCAUCCAAGCUGGUUCGUACAACCACCGAAUAAAAAAGUAUUGGAGAAGGUAUGAUUUAUAUGUUGGUGUUAUGAACAAGUAUUAUAUGUAUAUCUAUAUCUAUAUCUAUAUCUAUAUCUAUAUGUAUAUGAAAUUGCUUUAUGAGUGGAAGACUUUUUAUAAGGUAA